AUGAAUAAUAUCGAGCAAACAGAUAAAUUAAUCAAUGGAAAAAAUGUAUUGAAAUUUAUUAAUUUUAAAUACUCUCACCAAUUCAUAGUUUUAGUUUAUAAUCAUUUGAAAGAUAAAGAAAAUGAACAACACACAAAUAUCACAUUAAUUGGAAAUAUUAAUCGAAAUAAUAAUGAGAUUGUAAUACCAGAUACUGUCGAUACUCAAUAUCAAUUAAUAAUAAUAGAUUCUGACGCAGUAAAUUUACAUUUUAAAUCCAUAUGUGUCAAGCUAUUAAACAAAUCACAAUCAUACACAAUCAAUUUUGAAAACAAUAUACUCAAAAACAACCUUAACUAUUUCGAACAAUCUCAUAUGAUUAAUAACAAACGAUAUCAUUCAAUAUCAAGAUUUACAAACAGUAAUGCUAUCAAUGAUGUAUAUUUAGUGUGUGGUACUGAUAAUCAUAGAUUGAUAAAUUAUAAAGAUAAUCAAAAAUCUUAUGAAAGAGCUGAGAAUGAAAUCAAAGCAAUGAAAUUACUCAAAGGUAAUCCAAGAUUUGUUCAACUUGUUGACUAUCAUCAUGAUAAAGACAAUCAAAUCUUUCAUAUCUUCACUAAAUAUUGUGGUGGUGGUGAUCUUUCCCAAAAAAUCUUUUCAGAAUCAUAUAUCAGUAAUUAUAUUUCACAACUUUUCAAUAUUCUUUUGGAUCUUGAUAAACAUGGAAUUGUUCAUUGUGACAUUAAACCAUCAAAUAUAUUCAUUGAUGAAUCUGAUGAUUAUGGUACUUUGAUUCUUGGUGAUUUUGGAUGUUGUAAAUUCAUUGAUCAAUCAACAAUCAUUGAAUAUCAAGAUACAAAAGAACAUACUUUUGAAACAAAUGAUUUUAAUUUAAAAACUAUCGAUCAUGAAAUAUCGGAGCCAACCAUUUCAAAUAUAAAUGCAACACGUGGAACAAUUGGUUAUAUUUCACCAGAAGCAAUGAACAGACAAUAUGCACAAUCAUGUGACAUCUUUUCAAUUGGAUCAACAAUUCUCAAAUUAUUAUGUUGUCAUCAAGAUGAUCGAAAUAAUCAUCAAUUAUACCAAACUAAACGUGAAAUUAAGAUUUCAGAAUUCAGAUAUUCAAAACAAUUGAUUGAAUUUAUACACCGAUUGUUGGAUCAGAGUCCAAAGAAUAGAGAAUCAUUGAAUCAAUUAUUAAACCAAUAUAUUGAAACCAUCACCAAUAAUCAGAUAAUUACAUUCAAUUUAAAUACUCCAUUUCAUAAUACCUCCGUCAAUGUCACUGAGAUCAAUUUUGGAAAUGAAUUCAAUCAAAUAUUAUCAAUCGGUGUGUUACCUGAAUCACUUGAAUCAUUGGUGUUUGGAUAUGAAUUCAAUCAAAUAUUAUCAGUUGGUGUGUUACCUGAAUCACUGAAAUCAUUGAAGUUUGGAGAUGAAUUCAAUCAAAUAUUAUCAGUCGGUGUAUUACCUGAAUCACUGAAAUCAUUGGUAUUUGGAAAUAGAUUCAAUCAAAUAUUAUCAGUUGGUGUGUUACCUGACUCACUUGAAUCAUUGGUAUUUGGAGAUGAAUUCAAUCAAAUAUUAUCAGUUGUUGGUGUGUUACCUGAAUCACUGGAAUCAUUGGUGUUUGGUAGUAAAUUCAAUCAAAAGCUAUCAGUCGGUGUUUUACCUAAAUCACUUGAAUCAUUGGAGUUUGGAGAUGAAUUCAAUCAAAUAUUAUCAGUCGGUGUGUUACCUGAAUCACUGAAAUCGUUGGUGUUUGGAAAUAGAUUCAAUCAAAUAUUAUCAGUCGAUGUCUUUCCUGAAUCACUGAAAUCAUUAUCAAUGACGAACUACAUCGAUAGAAAAGAUCUACCACAACAUAUUGAAAACCUAUUUAUUGGAGGACAAAGAAUAGAUAUCGACUCAUUCUAA